GUGCUCUGACUUCAGCUGGACUGCUGCGAGCCGCCAGGUUUCUGCUUCAGUCACGUAACAUCAGACACCACAAAAGUAUUCAAUAAAACCAGAUAAGGUCGCUGGUCGCUUUUGACAAGAAGUCGCCAAGAGGGUUGGGAUAGUCAAUGUACCAAACAGCGAAGGAGCCUGCGCAUGCGCAUAUCUUAAGUCAUACUUUCGACUUUCUACCCCUUCUUUUUUGUGUGGCGGAAAUGGGCCUCCGUAGGAAAUUGCCCGUCAAAUGAUCUAGCAAAACAAAGACCACGUGCCCGUCAUGUGUUACGGUGACGUCACACAUCGCUGCAGCUGAUCAUGGCGGCGCCUCCGUCGGUUUUCCACAGAGUGAGAAGUGGCUCUAAAGUCGGAGCCCAGUAUGACCAGGACGGAAACCUCAUUCAGGUGGAAACCCGAGAGGAUGAAGAGCAGAGCGUCAAGCUGUCGGAGAUCCUGGAGCUGCUGCUGGCUGCUGGUUACUUCAGAGCCCGGAUCAAAGGCUUGUCCCCUUUCGAUAAGGUGGUAGGCGGUAUGACCUGGUGCAUCACCACCUGUAACUUUGACAUCGACGUGGAUCUACUUUUCCAAGAAAACUCUACUAUUGGCCAGAAAAUAGCACUGACGGAGAAAAUAGUCUCUGUUCUACCGAAGAUGAAGUGUCCACAUUGCCUCGAGCCACAUCAAAUCCAAGGGCUGGAUUAUAUCCACAUUUUCCCAGUGAUACAGUGGCUGGUGAAGCGAGCGAUAGAGACCAGGGAAGAGAUGGGCGACUAUGUGAGAGCCUACUCCAUUUCUCAGUUCCAGAAGACCCACCGCUUACCAGAGGAUGAAGAGUUUCUUCAGAGGAAAGACAAAGCUGUGAGAACCGUUCUGGAUGUAUUGGAUGUUUACAAACCUCAGAGGAAGUACAGGAGGCAGAAAGAUGCAGGCGAGCUGCUGGAUGAGGAGUCCAGGGUUCACUCCACUCUGCUCGAAUACGGCAGGCGUUAUGGAUUCAGCAAACAGUCCAAACAAGACACGGGGGACCAGAGGAAGGCUUCGCUGGCCAGUGGCUCUCAGGCAGCGGCCCCCAGGAUGCCAGACCUGUUAGACCAAGACCGCUUGCAGGUGGUGGAGGAGAUGCGUAUCGAAACACUCAUGACCAGCAUGGCUGCCAUGGCAAAUGAAGAGGGAAAGCUGACUGCGAGUGCAGUGGGCCAAAUAGUGGGACUGCAGUCUGAGGAGAUCAAACAGAUCGUCUCGGAGUACGCUGAAAAGCAGUCGGAGCUGUCUUCAGAGGAGCGCUCGGAGCGUUAUGGCCCGCUGCAGCAGCACCGCAGGGCCGUGGCCUCACUCAACAAACAGAUCGAGCAGAAGACUAAAGAACUGGUCCAGCUACAAGCCAAGUAUGAAAAGGUGAAAACGGGCUGUGACGAUGCCAAGAGAAAUCUAACUGAGGCUAAUGAGCACUCCAAGAAAGUGGUGAGAGAGCUGAAGAGUUUGGACGAGCUGGAGGAGCAGGCGGACAUCGGCUUGCUGGAGAAGCUGAGUGCUCUAGUGACCACAAAUGAGAACCUUAAGCAGCAGGAGCAGGAGUUCCGCACACAUUGCAGAGACGAGAUGGCCCGUCUACAACAGAACAUUGAGGAGCUCAACCCGGUGUCGGGACAGGACACAGAGGAGGAGAAAGAGAGGAACCAACUGAUAGAGAAACAGCACAGCACAGACCGAGAGAAACUACAGAAGAUCCGUCUGCUCAUGGCUCGGAGGAACCGAGAGAUCGCCAUCCUGCAGAGGAAGAUCGAUGAGGUGCCGAGCCGGGCUGAGCUGACUCAGUAUCAGAAGAGAUUCAUCGAACUCUACAGCCAGGUUUCUGCAACACAUAAGGAGACCAAGCAGUUCUUCACGCUGUAUAACACGUUAGACGACAAGAAGGUUUAUCUGGAGAAGGAGGUGAAUCUGUUGAAUUCCAUUCAUGACAACUUCCACCAAGCCAUGUCGUCUUCAGCAGCCAGGGAGCAGUUCCUCAGGCAGAUGGAGCAAAUAGUGGAGGGGAUCAAACAGAGUCGCAUCAAGAUGGAGAAGAAGAAGCAGGAGAACAAAAUGAGGAGAGAUCAACUGAACGACGAGUACCUGGAGCUGCUUGACAAGCAGAGGCUUUACUUCAAAACUGUCAAAGACUUUAAAGAGGAGUGCCGCAAAAACGAGAUGUUGCUGUCCAAGUUGAGGGCGAAAGGAGCCUCGUAGAUCCUGCACAGCCGCAUGAUGUCUGAGUUAAUCGAUCGCAGACUAACAGAAUACAAAUAGUACUUGGUUUUUGGAAUAUUCCAUACUUUGUUUAACUCUUCUAACUUGAUGCCUCUACUUUAAGAUUACUGCACAUUACAUUUACAAUGUGCUGAAUCCAGCUGACUGAAUGCCAAUAAUUGUUCAAUUAGAAAAAAAGAAGCUCUUAAAAAUGUAAUGUGUUUUGUCCACAAUCACCACAAAUUACCAACCACGUGCUCAGCAUCUCGUCAGACCAUUUAAAAGUGUUUUUUUUGUAACUAAUUAAGAAUUGAACUUAUUGAAUUAGUUGCAGCCCUGUGACCAAAACCUGAAAUGUUUUCUUUGUGUAAAAUCUAAUCUUAACUGGACCAAUGUUGACUUUCAUGCCUGACCUAGAAAGCUGUACAGAAUCCACCCACCUCUUUGUUGAUGGUGAAGUGGGGCUGCUUCAGAGAGGGCUACUUGAAUAUGUGGUUAGCUAUAUUACAGGGUUUUUAGGAAAAUCCUCAAAUUUGUGAAAGUAUGUGAAAAGUUUCCUAGUGCAACUUGGAACAUCAGUCUUUGUAUGUAAAGUUCUUAAUGAUGAUGCUGUUUGUAUGUUCCUCUGAAGUUCUAAUUCACUUCACGUCUUAGAUUGGCCUCAUUAUCCAAUAAGGAUGUACAACCACCAUUUAAUAAAUAAACAUUGUUCUAUUAAGGAUUGAAA